UUUAUAAACUUCAACAACUCUCUUCAUACGAUAAACUUUGUUAUUUACGAACUUAUCGAACAAGGGCAAGGAACGGGAAAAAUACAGAAGACAAUGGAAGAAUCGAGGAAAGAAAUCGUGUGCGUUAUAGGAGCAGGAGGUUUUUUAGGGUCAUGGAUCGUAAAUAUACUUCUCCAGCGCGGUUACAAUGUGCGGGGCACCGUGCGAGACGUCGGGGAUGCAAAGAAUGCACAUUUGAAAACGCUAGAAGGGGCAAAGGAGCGGCUUGAACUUCUAAAUGCGGUUUUGUUGGACUAUGACUCACUUUUCACUGCAAUCAAUGGGUGUACUGGAGUUUUUCAUACAGCAUGCCCAGUUCCUUCAUAUAGGGUGUCCAACCCAGAGGCAGAGAUGAUUAGUCCUGCUGUGAAGGGAACUUUGAAUGUACUGAAGGCAUGUUCAGUGGCCAAAGUGAAGCGUGUAGUUAUGACAUCAUCUAUAGCUGCUGUUAUUAUGAACCCAAAUAUACAUAAGGAUACGCUGGUAGAUGAAAGCUGUUGGUCUGAUCCAGAAUAUUGUGAGGCAACCCAGAAUUGGUAUUUCAUGGCAAAAACGGUCUCAGAAAAGAAUGCCUGGAACUGUUCAAAGGAGUUUGGCAUUGACCUUGUCACGAUUUGUCCAACUUUGAUUUUGGGACCCAUGUUACAGCCAACUAUCAAUGCCAGUUCUCUUUUUGUUGUCAAGCUUCUGACUGCAGGUGAUUCAGAUACACGCGAUAACAAAAUAAACAAUAUUAUAGAUGUCAGAGAUUGUGCAAAAGCUCACUUACUUGCUUAUGAAACUCCUGCUGCAGCAGGGCGAUAUUUAUGUUCAGCUCAUAAAAUUACAACCAAGGAACUGUCUGGCAUUCUUCAGAAGCUAUACCCACAAUAUACUUAUCCCAAAAAUUUUGUGGAUGUAGGUUCAGAAACAUCAGGAAUUGCCAGAUUAUCGAGUAGAAAAUUGCAGGAAUUGGGGUUGGAACUCACGAAAUUGGAAGAGACACUUGUUGACACUUUCGAUUGCUUUCAGAAAAGGGGUGUUUUAAAGUGAAAUCAUUCUGAACAUUUCAUGUUUUGGAGAGUUUGAAGCAAAGGUGGUCUAUAUAUAUCAUGAUGUGGUGUGUUUUGAAGUGAAAGUAAUGUGCAUAAAAACAUGUUUUGGAAUAUUCUGGUUGUUGAAAUACGAUAAAACGUUUGAAGUCUGUAGAUUUUCCAAGCAUGACACUCUUGCCUGCUUGUAUUUGCCAGAUCUGUUACGACUUACAGGUCAACAAUUUGUCACUUUUGACUUUUUAUGGAAGUAAAUCUUGUUUUUA